UGCAGAUCACCGGCGGGGAACUGACGGAGGAGCACCUGCAACACCCGCCAACCUGCAGCCGGUACCGCCACCGGACCGCGGCUCUCCCAGGCUUCCCCCGCUCCCUCCUGACAGGCUGAGAGCUCUUUCCACACGCUCUCUCUCUCUCUCUCUGCCUGCCUCUGCCUCUGCCUCCUCCUCCCGGCUCCUCUCUGCUCCGCUCCUGUCUGUGUGGGACUGGCGGCUCGUCCGCAGGAUUGCAGCUGAGCGGCUGGAGAGUCCUCCUCGCUCGCUCGCUGGUUUUUUUUUUUUUUCCGUUUUUCGGUCCGCGUCCCGCCUCUCUCCGCUACCCUCCCCUCACUCCUCCUUCUCCUCCACCUCCCUCCCUCCAACCCCUCCCUCACCCCACUCCCAAAUCGGACUCACACCCAGAGGCACGCGGGGGCCAACGGGCUGACAGAGGGACGGAAGAGAGGAGACCAGGACAGACAGACAGACAGACAGACAGACUGACGGACAUGGAGCCCAGGAGAAGUGGCGGGGCGGUCCCGCGCGGUCCAGCCCGGUCCAGCGAUGCGGUCUACGCCGGCGUCACCGUCGUACUGCUGUUCGCGGUGUGGUGCGCUCAGGCGCUGGAGGUGUCGGUGGGGAAGGUCCCCCACAUAGAGGCCAUGAACGGCAGCACCGUGCUCCUGCCCUGCACCUAUUCCAGCUGCUUCGGCAUCAAGAACCUCUACUUCAGCUGGAGCUACAAUGACAACGGUACCAUGGUGAAGUUGUGCCAGGCAGUCAUUCCUGCCGAGGGGGUGGACCCGAACGUCAAGCUUUAUCAUGACAGGGUGGGGUUUGUGGGCAAGGGCCACAACAUCUCCAUCCUGCUGUACAACAUCACCUUUGAGGACGACGGCGAAUACAUUUGCUUCGCCCGUAACCCCAAAGAGAAGAACCGCAACCACAGCGCCAUCUACAGGCUCUACGUGGUAGACGAAUUGAAGGUGGUCGAUAAAACCCUGACGACCAUCAUCAUGUCCGUGGUGGGAGGGCUCAUCGGCCUGAUCGUCUUCGUCAUGAUCCUGAAGGCCCUCAUCCUCUUUGCACUUCGCAAAAUGCGGGAGAAGAAUAAAGAGUGCCUUGUGAGUUCUUCAGGGAAUGACAACACAGAAAAUGGGCUCACAGGAUCCAAAGCUGACAAUAAAGCAACACCAAAGGCAUGAGAACAUGCAUAUGCAUAUGUAUACAUAUGUACAUAUAUACAUAUAUAUGCAUAUAUGUACAUAAAUACUAGGUAUGCACAGUAUAUAUUCACACUUAUACAGAUAUAUACACAUGUACAUAUAAAACCCUCUAUGGUAGAAACUGCUAAUUAUCCAUGACUGGAUACUGCACCUAUAUAUAGAAUUGGAAUUAAUGUCAUAAAAGUAUGUUUUUGCUUAUUUGCUUCGCUGACAUCCUGGCAGAGUGACUCAUAAAUCAUAUAGAUUAUAAAAUCUACGUACAUAUAUUUUUACUCAUUAUCCACUUACGGACAGAUUGCUGUUGGAUAUUUAAUUAGAUAUUUAAGUACCUUGCACGACUGAGAUUUGAGCCCAGAACAUCACACUCCUGUGCCUCCUAUUCCUGGCAUCUUAACAAGCAUCUUAACUUGCCGCCAUUUUGACACUUACCUGAGCAAGAACUAACUUCAGCAUCAAUUUCCCCUUGGUUGUGUAUGGCCGACUGCUGAUUGACCUCAUUUUAUUGUCCAAUUCUCAGCACAUUAAGUUCCAUUAUGCUGAUACGAUUACAAUCGAUUUAAAAUGCAAAUGAACUGCACUUUGGUUCGUAUCCCUUAUAGAAACCCCCAAUUUUACUACAAUUUCUGCUCAUCCAGUGAUGGGCUUCUUUUCUCUUGGACAACCACUGCUGCUCCUCCAGUGGUCACUGUUGCCACAGUUUCAAACCCCUCUCAUAAGCAUCUCUGUCUGCAUCACUCUCAGGUACUAGAGCUGUUUUCACUGGCUUUCUGCCAUAAAACUUCCGUCUUUCUUAAAACACAUUUUCAGAAAAUCACUAACUUCUAUUUUGGCACAAAUCGUGCCAAAAUGUGCUAAACAUUUAUCCUCAACAUUUCUGUGAUUUGUAUGAAAUGUUAUUUUAACCAUGUGGAGUGCGUUUUUUUUUUCUUUUCAUUCUUUCAUAAGUCUUAAAAGAGCACAUAUUCUUUCACCAUAUUCUUUCGGGGCCUGUGUUCAUUAUGAAUGUUAGCUGGGAUAUCAAACAAAUCGAGCACAUGACUAAAGAAUGGCACUGGAUUGGAUAAGGGAGGAAUGAAAAUUAUAGAAAAGAUUUGUGCAUGACAGUAUACCAUAGAGGGAUAUAUAUGCUUAGGUAUGGAUGUGUGUAUGUAUGUACGUAUAUGUGUAUGUUAAUAGGUGUAUAGAAAGAAUGAUAUAGCAAUGGACUGUUUUUAUAAAGAAUGGUUUAGAAAUAUAAACAGAAAGGUACUACUUAUAGAUAUAAGAAAAAUAUAUGACUUAUAUUUUAAAGUAUGCUUGACAUUGGGGGAACAUCCAUUGUGCCCUGCAUUCUCUGAACUGGAUUAGAUACAGCACACCCCCAUGACAACACCAGCUGUAAACUGGACCCAAACUGGAGUGAUGUAAAGCUGACCAAACUAGAUUCAAAUUCCAUUUCCCGCUUCAUUAGGGCCGAGACAAAACCACUUCUGAGGGGUCAGAACAUGGCGUCUCGAACACCCGACAGGAGUAAACUGGAUCUUGUCGAUCCGGCGACUCCUGGCUAUACUUGUACGCAGCUCAGGUUUAAUGCUGGAAUGCGCCGUGGUCACACUGCCAAGGCCUGCAAACUGCCGUAUACUUAUAACCCAGCACAAGACGGAAAUCAAACACCGUGUUGAUCGUCCAGAUUUAGAGCAGGAUUUGGGACGUCGCCCGCGAGAGCCAUGGGAACCGCGACCCCAGGUGUAAGAGGAAUAGGGUCCGUCCCGACAGGAGAGCCGAAGAUCGCCCAUGAGAUCCUGCAGUCAAUGGGCCUUCAAAGGAUUGCUAAGCACCUCCUAGGGUUUGCUGCUGCAAUACACACGGACAGGGAACGAAGCUGUAAAAAAUGGAAUCUGAGUACAUAUUAAUAUAAAGAUUGUGCCUGUGAGAUAUCUGUAGUUCAUCAACACAACAGUUUUUAUUCCACUCCACUGAAACACUGCACCACGUACCGAUUUUAUGAAAAGUCGAGCUGCGUACAACUAUAGAAACAUCCAGAAAGGUGAGGGCUGGUUGAGCACAGGGACUAAUAGUUGAUCCCAGUCCGCUGUACAAAGCAAACGAGAGGACAUAAACUGAAGGGAUAUGGAAUUGGCCCAGGAAAGAGUCAUGGGGGUGUGGUUUUGGGUAGGAGCCCCACCCACUGGUUUGCUUUAGAAACACAGGUGCCUGUAAACGCUUCUAGCUCCCCAUGCCUUUGGGGAGGACUUUACCUGCUAUGGAAAAGUAAAACCUUUACAAAAUACAUAUAUAUAAAAAAAAAACAACAGAAAAAUUUAAAACGCAUAAAAAAAGGUCUUGACAAUCCCUUGAACCCCAAUUCCCUAUAGAAAUGAAUGAACUUUUAUGAUGCUGCUUCUAACAAUUAACCGAUGCAUUUUUUUAGCAUGUGAGAAAUUUUGUAUACUGUACACAAGGCUUAAAACAACACACAUUCUUCUUCUCUUGUUUUCCAAUGGCCCCCACCACUUCAACCAUGUGCGGUCAAACUUGUGCUUUGAGGUGGUUCAACCUCAACACAUCUCCUUGUCUGUGGCUCCCCCACAGAGCAGAGUCCAGUGAACCCGCUUGGUAUGUAACGUUUCACUGGAGGCCAUUGCCAAAGCCCAGCCCACUGCCCACUGCCCAGUUCUGCUUUAGCUCCCUCAAACCCCAUUACACACAGGGGGACUCAUUCCAAUCGCUUAUUUUAUCCUUCCUUGUCUCCUCGAUCCUUGACUGACACGAGAUCCAAUCGAGGUCCGCCAUCUUUAAGGACAUUCAAUUUCCUGACGUAUGAAUGAUCGACCUGUGGUUCCAACUUUCCCCAACUGCCACGUCUGUAACUGCCGUGGCUUCAAACGGAAAUUUCAAGGAGCAAGGACAUUCCAUUGGUCUAAUUCACAUUUUCUCGAUUCCUCCAUCCUGGCUUCCUUUCCUAGCCUUCUCCAAUAGUUCGAGCUAGGAACGAGGGAGAGAGACAAGGAAAGGAAAUGACAAGGUAAAAAUAAGCACUUGGAAAGCGCCCAGUGACAGAUGCGGGUCACGCCCACUUGGAGGCAGUGCGCUGCUACCUGGGUGUCAUGAAGGUUCUGCGCCCCCCUCUCCCAAAAACUGCAAAAACUUCAGAUGCCAUUUCAUCAAAUGACAGGGAAAUGAAUCAAAACUGAUGUUACCCUAAUUACCCCUCGCAGACAUAUUCCGAGGGCCACUAGCGGCGCAGUGACAGUCUGGGUGUCACAGUCGUUGUCCUUGAGGCCAUCAUAGUGGGCAGGACGGGUGCAGGUAUCCGUUUGAGCGAGCGGCCCCUUGUCUAAGAACAUAUGGCCCUCUCCCAGGGGGGGCCGUUGUCAAGGUGACACGCCCACAGUACGCGAAGAAGCCGCAGCACCACACAGGAGAAACGUGUUUCCCCCCCGAUCGCCCGUCGCUUCAUGAGCCUCUCAGAGAGACACAACUGCCAAAAAACCUCCGCUGACCCGAGACAGGGCUGAUCGGCUGCAGGACAUCGUUGGCAUGGCGACUGAUGCAUUGAUAUUUUUUCAUUAAGAGCAAUAGAGACUACUAAGGGACACUCCCAAUUCCAAACAGACUCACGACAAACAGGAGGUGAAACUGUAGAGAGUAUCAUAUUAGCGAAACAAAAAAAGGCCUGAUAAUCAGUGAGAUAAGAAUUAGGCAAACAGUGACCGUUAUAUUGUGGUUAAGCACAUAGUUUAACUGCCUGCAAUAAGCAGGAGUAGCUUUGUAGCUUUUUAGUUGUUAGUGAAGCAGAGUGAAGGCCUCAAAGCGCCAUGCCAUGACAACACUCUCCGGCGACACAACCAAAGUAAAAUAGCAAAUUCAAAAUAACGUAAUUGCACUGGGCGAGGGGCGAUUUGACCUUUAGCUGACUGGCAACACAUUUGCCUUUGGAAUCUUUGAGUGGGCAAGAGGCUGGGGUUCAAAUCACACCGCGGAUGAAAAUACCUGUAUUACCAGACUAGCUGAGCCAAAUUCCCCGCCCCCACAAAACACCUGUGCAGGAGUGUGGCAAACACUGCUGCAGACAGAACACGCUUCCUGUUAAACUGAACUUCUGAAAUGAACUGUCCCACCUAGUGAACAAGACCUUGGCAAGCAUGACUACUGCAGUGGGCACUGGAGCUGGGCUUCCUCCUAAAGUGGCCUGCAUCAUCUGGAAACAAAUCCAAUCAAUUUCAGAGGUAAUCUAGUGAAAAGGUGGCAUCUUAACGAACUGAAUUUUUCUAUUGCCAUUCAUUUAAAUUAUAUUCUUAAUUCUGUCACUCUUUUUCAUUUUAUUAUCUUUUUUUAAUUCAUAUUGGUUUUUGAUCUAAAGAAAAUGAUCCGUGGUCCCACAUCGGUUUUUAAAUUGAAUUUCACCGUUAUAAUUGUAAAUUCACCGUUAUAAUUGUAAUUGUGAAAGAUCAUGGUAAUGGUGUUUUCAGCCAAAAACUCAAACUCUGAUAGUACCUCCCCUCAUUUACCCAUCCCCCUCACUUCCCAAAGAAUAAUAACGUAGGAGGCUGGCGGUGGUUUGGGGAGGGGGUGGCUUUUGUGCACUUUACUAAUCUAGAGUCCUUUAUUUUCCAGUGUGCAGAAUGUGGGUUUUGUGAGAAAAAAUGAGAGAGGAGAAUAAGGAUGUGGGGAAGGUGGCGGGUGUCGGGGGAAAUUCUGGCAACUUUGGCAUGAAACGGGGAAGGAAAUUUGAAUCUGAUGGAAGAGGAAGUAAUCGACAUCCACCGCUCCCUCACACCCCCCCCACCCUCCUCUCUCUCUCAGUCUCUGUAAUAACCAAGCACAUGUCAAGAGGUCUUCCAAAACGCUUGACUUUCCUUCUGGAAUCAGGGGCUCUGGCAAACCCGCCAGAGAUGUUUUCGGGCAGAGUGGCGCCAGACCCGCGACCUGCGGCCCUGUCGCCCUGGAGGCUGCUGUCCGGCUCGCGGUAGCCGCGCUGGGCGGGAAAAAAGAAACAAAAUGGCGGUAUGGAAGGCCGCAAAUCCACACCUUUAGAGUUCAUCAACGCUACGCUACUGUGACGUUCGCUAACAAAAACAUCAUAGCAAUGUUUAGACACCGCUAUAGCACCCUACCAGGGCCUGUCACAGCAGCCUCCGGACAGCUUUUUAAAUGUCCGAGUCUUUCACAUUGUGAAUCGCAUUGUUAGCACCGUGACAUUUGACAUUUUUCAACAUGGAUAAUGUUAGCAAUAAAAUAGUCCCACGCCGGGUCCCGCCCCACUCUGCCUGCCGAAUGCACUGAUGUAUUUAUCUGUUCGUAUCGAUGUGGUCCCUGGUGAAUGUCCUUACCAUUGUAUUGCCAUAAGACAUUAUGUGAAUUCUCUGAAAGCGCAGAGAGUAUACUGUUCAGGUCCUGUCUGUGUGAUCUCCGAUCCCUGCCCCAGAAUCGCGCAUGUUCAGCGGGUUAAGGCAACACAUUUACAGACACACCUGUACCAGAGGGAUAUAGGUUCACAUCCUAAAAUACAUGUUUACUUUGUAACCUUAUAAAGUCACUGAAGUCCCCAGUGUAGAGUCAACUGUAGGCUACUAAAUACACAGACCAUGGGACUUUUAAACCAAGUGUCCUUGGAUAAGGUGUCUGCCCCAGCCCACAGAAAACCAUCAGAUCCAUCUAAAUAACCAGUGCUUAACUAACUUAUAGGCCUCUAUAAAAAAAAAAAAAACCUGCUGCCUCUGUGUAAGUAUUAUUGUGACGCACCUGCAACUGGGCAAAGAUAACUGAAAAUGUCUGCUGCUCAGGCACUGUUCAAAGCAACUGCACAUUUAUAUAUUCCGUGCGUACCUGAGAAUGGCGCCGUGAACGCGAGACAACACAGAUUGCCCGAUUAGUCCACUUUAUCUCUCAGUGGGUUUUCUUAAUGCAUUAAUAUUCAUGAUUACCUUCACUCAAAGCCACUGAUCUCGCUUGCAAAUCUGAGAAUGCUGUAGAAUAGAUUAAAAAGUUAAGGUACCCCUUUUCCCGGUAUGUCGCCGAAUAGUAUUCGCGUUGUUCCUAAAAAAAAAAUAAUUAAACAGUAUAGGCGUAUUUUAUAUAAUCUGUUCCGUUCAGGACGAUUUGUUAUGGUUGAUCGCUGGUCUCAUACUCGUAUCCGUAGGUCUGGGCUCGAUUUUCUCCGUCUGGAUUGAGCGGCCCCCAGCUGCACUUACCGGUACUGCGGCGUAUCCAAUCCGCUGCGUCCCAGUCAAAUUCACAUCACACUUUCAGGCUGAAUACUGCACCACAACGUGCAGAAACUGCAUUAGAAAAAAAUAACCGUUUUAUAAUAGCCUAGCGGCCAUAUGUAGCUUUUUAAAAAUAGCCAAUAUAUUAAGGCCACCGUGUACAGCAAGUUCACUUCAACUUGCUGAUACAGUAAUUAAAUAGAUUUUCAAAGGCAAUCUGAUAAGUAGAGCCUGAAAUAAUAUUGUGCCGACUGGGACCAUCUGAAGCCAAAACGGUUCGCAAGAUAGAUCUGCUGUCUAUCUAUAUUAUUAUUAACAUUAAUAUAUAAUAUUAAUAAUAAUAAUAUCGCUAAUAUUAUGAUGUAUUCAUAUCAAAUUGGAUUAAUUAAACCAGUCAGGGAAAACAUUCUGCAGUUGAGACCACACUAUUUCAGUGAUGUUGUGGAUGGCGCUGCACUGGACAGCAGUUUGAGCUGCUUUUGGUCUUAACAGAUGAGCAAGGGAAAGCAUUCAGAACGGGCGCCACCUACUGGCGAACUUCACUCAGUGCACUCGCCUGCUUUCAGUUGACCCGGAGCGGCUCGAGCCGCAGUGCGCUGGCAGCGCCAUUCCCCGUCCCUGCUCCGACUGCUAGCCAGUGAUAUCGGGAGCCUUGUUCGAUAACGGCUUCGGGAACUCCGCGGCUCACUGCCUGAGCGGCUCCAACUCUCACUGCCACGCCAAGAGUCUGCAGUCCGCUCUCUGCUCUCCACAUUCCAGUGCAGAGGCGGUGUCAACAACCACCCACCACAUCUAUUGCCAUUUUAAAACAAACAAACAAAAAAAAGGGUUUAAUUUUCUAAAAGUACCGUAAAAAGCCCAGUUGGUAAGACCGAAGCCCGUUUUUACUGGACUCUCCCGCAGAGUUUUUAAACAUUUUUACAAACUUAAAACGUAUCUACAUUUGUGGCAUGACCAGGUUAGCCUACCGAAGAGACGCAGACAGCGUGAGGAUCUGUUACAAACUCACACGCGCAGUUACACUCGGCCGUACUUCCUGAGAGCUUUAGUCUUUUAGUCAGAUCCACAGACAAGCACCAUAGUCACAGCCCCCACAAGGCCAUGAGCUGUAGGAUCCCACUCCCUUUGCUUGACAUUUUUACCCGCUUCCACAAACUUUACCAGUGCACGGUUACAUAGCCCCCCUCCUCAGACGCUCGAUCCCCCGAACGGCCACGCCCACAUUGCCAGCGGUUCUCCAAAACAAACCGUUUGGCCCUAGGCUAACAGAUGGGCUGAUGUGCCGGGGUGGGGGUGGGUGUCCUGUUUGGAGGGAGGGGGGGGAUAACCGGCCCUUAGCCUGACCACCCCCACAUGCUCGAACACAGCUGCUGACUGAACUCAAUGCCAACACCCACCUUGGAGUGGUCGUCCAAUCCUGUCUGUGCUUAUUUCAGUAAUAACAACAAUAAUACAAGUGAAUGUGCAACUCCUCUUCUACUCCUCCCUUUCCUCUGUACAAUGUCCUCCAUUUGCCCUCUCAUAACUAUGCACCUCUAUAGUUUUUGGAUUGUAAAAUAAAAGAAAAUGUAUGACAAAUAAAACUGGAUAAAAAUCCA